AAGAGAGAGAGAGAGAGAGAGAGAGAGAGAGAGAGAGAGAGAGAGAGACAGAGAUAAUCGGCCAAGAAAGUGACAAAGCUCUGUCCCUCAUCUCCGAGGUGACAAUUGUGCAUGGUAUUCAUCGAUCAUCUACAAGUUUAGAGGCAAAUCGAUCGUUGCAAUCUGAGAGUUUGAUAGAUUUUCUCUCAUAAUUCAGAUAGUUUCAAGCUCAAAUUUUCAGCAUAGUCCUAUCUUAAAUCUGCAGCUAUAAGUCACAGAUCUAAGGGAGUAUCUCUCGAAUUUCGACCACCACCUAAUCUAACAUUAUAAGUUAAAAGCUGUGGUUGAUGGAGCUUCCACAGUCUCGUGUCAUCGAAGCACAAGGGAGAAAAAAACCAAUGCAUGAUUUUUUAUCAUCCUGCAGUAAUUUACACGUCCAUCCAGAUCCAAUGCCUUCAUCUCAAGGUGGAUAUCCGAAAACUCAUGAUUUUCUACAACCGUUAGAACGUGUUGGAACAAGAGCUAGUGCAAAGGAGGAAGGGACCAGAGGCAGUGUGGACACUGCAGAGACAUCGUCGCAGCUGAAGUCGCCGUAUGUUCAUAACCAGCACGUGCUUCCCGGUGGCAUAGGGACUUACACGAUCAGUCAUAUGCCUUACUUGUAUCAUAACCAUCUUCAGCGAGUUCCUAAACCAAAGGUCUCUCAGAUGUUCAAGGUGUCCCAAGCUAGCUGUAACGAGAGGAAUGCAGUGGAGGAUAAUUCGGUUUCUAAUUGCAGCUCUUACGCUGCAAACAAUGGAUUCACUCUGUGGAAUGAAUCUGUAGAGAAGAAAGGGCAUACAAGGAAGAGGCAGCAGAGCCAAAGCUUCAUGGACAUGAUAAAGUCUGCCAAAGGAAGUUCGCAGGAGGAUGAUUUGGAUGAUGACGAUGAAGAGUUUGUUACAAAUAAAGGGAACAACACAUCCACCAGCCAGUGCCAGAGAGUGGAUUUGAGAGUCAGAGUAGAUGGGAAAGGUCACUGUAACAAACAAAUGCCGAACACACCUAGGUCAAAACAUUCUGCAACAGAGCAACGGAGGAGGAGCAAGAUCAAUGAUAGGUUUCAGACGUUGAGACAAUUGAUCCCUAACAGCGACCAAAAGCGGGACAAGGCAUCAUUCUUACUGGAGGUUAUCGAGUACAUUCACUUCUUACAAGAGAAAGUAGACAAACACGAGCCACCGGAGGGAGCUGUUCCAGUCCUCGCAGAGGCUCAAGCGGUCGACAUGGAGCAUCAACAGUGUCUAAAAAGGGCAAUGGAUACGACUAAUUCCUUUCCUGUGUUGGGUCAAAGGAACAGUUUCUUCUCUCCAGAAUCGCCACAGCUUUGUCCAAUUUCAUCACCCGAUGUUGCUGCAAUGGACUGUGAAAAUCUGAGAGAAGAGAAGGAGGUAGAGGAGCUUUCUAUUCAUAAGGGUACUAUCAGUAUAUCAAGUGUUUAUUCUCAAGGGUUGUUAAAAACAUUGUCAGAAACACUCCAAACAUCAGGAGUGGACUUGUCCAGAUCAAGGAUCUCUGUGCAAAUCAAGCUCUCUAGACAACCUCAAGAGGAUGAAGAAGUUCAUCGAAAGGUUUGGACUCGAUCUCCAAGUGGAGAUGAAAACCACAACGAAAACAGUAACAUCAAGCAGACGCGGAAACAAAAGAAACUCAAAAAGACCACAUCAAUAUAUAAUGGAGAAACAGAGUAACACUAGGACAAUUCUUCUUUUCAUCCAUUUUGUAACAUUGGCCUGAAGAUGGAUCACGCAAAAUGGUUAUAUGUGAUUUCAUUCAUAUAUUAUAUAAUUUGUUUCAUAUCCAAAUUAAUGAUGUUUAAAAUUCUUUUCAUUUAUCGCGGAACC